AUGGAAAAUGAAUCUAUGGUGACAUCAAUGAUCCUGACUGCCUUUUAUGAAAUGGAAGACCUGAAGUAUUUAUACUUUUUAAUUUUCCUUAUUGUGUACCUUACCAUUAUUGCUGAAAAUAUUAUUCUUAUUGUUGUCAUUUAUGUUAAUGGAGCUCUGCAUGAACCAAUGUAUAUUUUUGUGUGUAAUUUAGCAUUUAAUGAAUUGUACGGCAGCACAGCUUUACUACCCCCCAUUCUGAGUAAUUUAAUGUCAAACACUCAUGAAGUAUCUCUGUCCUGCUGUCAAGCACAGGUCUAUUUCAUGCACACAUAUGCAAUAACUGAAUUCACUAUUUUAACAGUGAUGGGUUAUGACAGGUAUGUUGCUAUUUGUCAACCCCUGCAGUACCACAGAAUUAUGUCUGCUUCAAAAGUGCUGAAGUGUGUUGUAUUAUCUUGGCUACUCCCCAUUAUUGCAUUUGGACUGUUUUUUGUUCAAACCCUGCGCCUGAAAUAUUGUGGACAAACAAUAGAGAGGGUGUAUUGUGUUAAUUAUUCACUUGUUAAGCUCUCCUGUGCAGAUACCACUAUUUCAAACAUCCUUGGAUUGUUUUCUCUAGUUGCCUACACUUGUCCACAGAUUGUAAUUAUACUUUACUCAUAUAUACACAUACUUAGGGUCUGCUUGUCCUCCAAAGAAUCACAAAUGAAAGCGCUGAAAACAUGUAGUCCGCACCUAUUAGCCAUGAUGAACUAUUCUGUUGGAUGUUUCUUUGAAAUGUGUCAAAGCAGACUGAACAUGAGUUACGUACAUUAUGGAGUUCGUAUAUUCAUGUCCCUGUAUUUUCUGAUUUUUCCUCCCAUCCUAAAUCCUGCCAUGUAUGGAAUGAGCAUUAAAGCCAUAAGAGUUCAGAUUAUUAAACUGCUCAAACUGAAAUCUGAAAUAGCCCCAGCUUCUCGUGAGACGCUGGGCAAGAUCAAACCGGCGACCCUCUGCCAGACCCUCUGCCAGACGACAGCUCUUACCUCCUGA